UGCACUGAUUGCACUAUUCGACACACCUGUCCCGCUUCCCUGAUUAUUCACCAGCCGCGUCUCGUUAGUUUCCCUCCGUACUUAUACACUGCUCACCGUUCACUCUCCUGUCAGUUCAAUCUUUGUCCUCAGGUUCCUAUGCUCGUUGUUUUUAUGCUAGUACGCCAGUUCCAAGUCUUCUAUGUUAUUCGCACCUCUUUUCGUCCCGCUGUUUCUUUCCUCCUCUACAGAUCGCUCCUCUCGACCCAGGAUCAUCUCAGCCCUGCCAGCCUCCACCAUACAGGUGUGGCCAUCCUCGUCGGCAUUGAUGUGCAGGUGGAGAGCAUUGACAGUAUCUCAGAGGUCAACAUGGACUUCACCAUGACUCUGUACCUGCAUGACUACUGGAAAGACGAGCGGCUGGAUUUUCCUUCUCGGAGCAACCAAAGCAGGACGUUUGACUCUCGACUUGUGAAGAUUUGGGUUCCUGAUAUCUUCUUUGUCCACUCCAAGCGCUCCUUCAUCCAUGACACCACCAAGGAGAACAUCAUGCUGUCUGCCGACGGAAACAUCCUCUGUCAGGUCACUGUUACGGCUCUUUGCUCGAUGGACUUCAGCAGCUUCCCUCUGGACACGCAGAACUGCUGGCUGGAGCUGGAGAGCUAUGCAUAUAAUGAGAAUGACCUGAUGCUUUACUGGAAGAAUGGAAAUGACUCCCUGAGGACAGAUGAAAUCAUCUUGUCUCAGUUCUUCAUCAAGCAUUUCCACGCCUCCAGUGGCCUGACUUUCUACAGCAGCACCAGUCUGUUUGUUUUCAGGAACAGUGUCUCCCCGUCAGGUUGGUACAAUCGACUCUUCAUUAACUUCAUCCUGCAGAGGCACAUCUUCUUCUCCAUGCUGCACAUGUAUUUUCCUACCAUGCUAAUGGUCGUUCUCUCCUGGGUUUCCUUCUGGAUUGAUCGCAGGGCUGUGCCUGCAGGUGUCUCUCUGGGUAUAACCACAGUGUUCACAAUGUCCACCAUCAUGGCAGGAGUGUCCUCCUCCAUGCCUCAGGUGUCAUAUGUGAAAGCGGAGGACAUCUACCUGUGGACCAGCUUCCUGUUUGUCUUCCUAUCUGUUACUGAAUAUGCAGCAGUGAACUACUGCACCACGCUGGAGGAGAUGAGGAAGAUGAAGAGGGGGAAGGUCAGCACAGGCAAUUCCAUCCACCUUCGAUGCCAGCCAGGCGACGGCCUUUGACGGCUGUUUCCAUGACAAUGAUAUUGAGCUGACUCCGUUCCCUUGGAUGACACCGACCCUGACCUCUAACCCUCUCACAACUCCAACCCAAAGCUCAGAGAUCUGCCCCAUGUAGGGAACUCACCUGCACCAGCAGCGGUCAGUGCGAGGAAACGUGGACCUACUGGUCAGCAAUAGCUACAUGAUCAACUGGCCUUCCCUCUGCCCUACCUGCUCUUCAACACCAUGAACUGGGGCCUGUACUCCUGAUCCACACUGCAAACUCUCCAUGAACUCGGUCCAAGUGAUGAGCCAGAUCGGAGGACUUGUCUUUUGCUCGGGGGUCCACAGGCACAUUGCUGAUUUAGCUUCUGAUCACAGGAGCCUCACACGCUCAGCUCCAGCUUCAUCACUAAUCCUGUUUUAUUACAAGAAAGACUGAGAUAAAAGCCCUGGCGUCCCUCUGUCUGGGAGUGAGCUAAAUCCUGACUCGGAAAGUAAUGGUCCCUGAUUUGUUUUUUUAAUAACUUACAUGAGAAUCUUCAUUCUAUGCAUCAUUAGAUAGAUAGAUAUACUUUAUUACAGACUCAGAGUCCAAAUAAAAAACAAACAGAUAACAAUAAAAACAACCAAUAAACUACUAGCCCUUUAAAAGGCAGG